AUGCAUCCGUCAUUUAAUAGCACGACGAAACGGCAUAAUCCUUUCUCCCGAAGCUCUCCUUCACCCUCCCCAGCCCCUCCAGAUGCCGCCAUCAGGGUAUCUGGCCGGCCAAAAUCUGUUACAUUUACAUCUCCGGUACAGACAUACGUAACAGGGCACUCACGAAACUCGUCUCUAACUCCAUUAAAUUCUACUCCUACCAAUGGUAUAAGUAGAAGACGAUCGAACUCAGCAAGGCACCCAUCCGAAACUUCCAACACGUUUGCUCCAAAGUUUAUAAAAUCAGAAGAACUACGGAGAGGCGCAGACCAAAUACGAGGUGAAGAGGGUGAUAAUGACUUUUCCGGGAAACGAUACGUCUGGUUGAAAGACCCGGAGAAAGCAUUCGUCCGGGGAGCCGUUGUUCGAGAGACUGAAGAUGGACUCUUGGUUGUGCAGUGCGAUGACAGCCGUGUAGAAGUAGACCCCGAGAAUGUUGACAAGGUCAACCCACCAAAGUUCGAUAAGGCGGACGAUAUGGCCGAACUCACCCAUUUGAAUGAAGGCUCAGUCAUUCAUAAUCUGCACACUCGAUAUCAGUCCGACUUGAUAUACACUUACUCUGGAUUAUUCUUGGUGACCAUAAACCCAUACUGUCCUCUGCCUAUAUACUCUAAUGAAUAUAUCAAAAUGUACAAAGGCCAAAGCCGAGAAGAUACACGUCCGCAUAUAUUUGCAAUGGCAGAUGAGGCUUUUCGCAACCUUGUUGAUGAGGGAGAGAACCAGAGUAUCCUAGUUACCGGUGAAUCCGGUGCCGGGAAGACGGAAAACACCAAGAAAGUUAUUCAGUAUUUGGCCGCGGUGGCUCCUGGUGAUGCAACUCAGGGAAAGCUGUCAUCUAAGCAGUUAGGGGAUCUUUCGCAGCAAAUAUUAAGAGCUAAUCCUAUACUAGAAGCAUUUGGAAACGCCCAAACUGUGCGGAAUAACAACUCUUCACGAUUCGGAAAAUUUAUUCGUAUUGAAUUCUCUCGCACCGGUCAAAUCUGUGGAGCUUUCAUUGAUUGGUACUUACUUGAAAAGUCCCGAGUUGUCAAGCUCAAUGCUCAGGAACGAAGUUAUCACAUCUUUUACCAACUUCUCCACGGAGCCGACAAGGCACUACGAGAGCGCCUACACCUCUCGAAUUUAGAUAUCCACGACUUUGCAUAUAUGAGAGAAGGGAACGACACCAUAGCUGGGGUAUCAGACACAGACGAAUGGGACUCGCUCAUAGAAGCUUUUGAAACCAUGAAGUUUGAAGAAGAGGAUCAGCUAUCAAUUUUACGAACCGUUGCUGCAGUCUUACAUUUAGGGAACAUCACUGUUGGAAAAGAGAGCUUGCGUGCCGAUCAAGCUAGGCUCACCCAGGACGAUACCGAAAGGAUACCUGUCGAACCUUUUGUUAAAGGAUUACUCCAUCCUCGUGUGAAAGCCGGGCGCGAGUGGGUAGAAAAAGUACAGACACCGGAGCAAGUCCGUUUCGCGAUAGAUUCUCUGGCAAAGGGUAUCUACGAACGUGGGUUUGGCGACUUGGUGAACAGAAUCAACCAUCAGCUGGAUCGUAGCCGGAUUAGUUGUGAAGAGAGUUACUUCAUCGGUGUCCUUGAUAUAGCGGGAUUCGAAAUAUUUGGCACAAAUAGCUUCGAACAACUCUGCAUCAAUUACACAAACGAAAAGUUGCAGCAAUUCUUCAACCAUCAUAUGUUUGUUCUAGAGCAGGAGGAAUACUCUCGAGAACAGAUAGAAUGGCAAUUCAUUGACUUUGGCAAAGACCUUCAACCGACAAUCGACCUUAUUGAAUUAUCGAAUCCCAUUGGCAUAUUCUCAUGCCUCGAUGAGGAUUCUGUGAUGCCAAAGGCGACCGAUAAGACAUUUACUGAAAAACUUCAUUCGUUAUGGGAUCGCAAAUCUCCAAAAUACCGUGCCUCGCGUCUCAGCCAGGGAUUUAUACUUACCCACUAUGCUGCAGAGGUAGAGUAUAAUACGGAGGACUGGCUGGAAAAGAACAAAGACCCUCUCAAUGACAAUGUGACCCGGCUGUUAUCUCAGUCCAACGAUCCGCAUGUUGCUAACCUAUUUGCCGAUUAUGCCGAAGAUGCGUCCAACGGAACUAGGAGUGUCGUGAAGAAAGGUCUGUUCCGGACCGUUGCCCAGAGGCAUAAGGAGCAGCUGUCAAGCUUGAUGGCCCAGCUUCAUUCAACUCACCCCCACUUUGUCCGCUGUAUUUUGCCAAAUAACAAGAAGCGACCGAAACUUUUCAAUGGGCCGCUUGUCUUAGACCAACUACGAUGCAAUGGUGUGCUUGAAGGUAUUCGAAUUGCUCGAACAGGAUUCCCUAAUCGACUAACCUUCAACGAAUUCCGCCAGCGUUAUGAAGUACUCUGUCGCGGCAUGCCCAAGGGUUACUUAGACGGACAGAUGGCAGUAACUUAUAUGGUGGAAAAGUUGGGUCUUGACAAAUCUUUGUUCAGAGUAGGGCUAUCAAAGAUAUUCUUCAGGGCCGGUGUAUUGGCGGAGUUGGAAGAACAACGUGAUACUCUUAUCCGUGAAAUCAUGAAGCAAUUCCAAUCUUUAGCCCGUGGCUUUAUUCAAAGACAUAUUGCAAACAAGCGAUUGUACCGCGCGGAGGCUACUAGAAUUAUCCAGCGGAACUUCCAUCUAUAUCUCAACCUAAAGUCAUCUCCAUGGUGGAGACUAUUUGCGGCUAUGAAGCCGCUUCUAGGAGAAACCCGUACGGCUGGAGAAGUUAAGAAGCGUGACGAGAGGAUCCAACAACUUGAAGCAAAGGCCCAGCAGGAUAUAGCCGAUCGACAAAGGAUAGAAGAGGAACGACGCAAGAUAGAGGCGGAGAUGCAGCGUGUCAGAAAAACACUAGAAAGCGAGCGCUCUCUUGCAUUGGACAAAGAAGAGAUAUUCAAGCGACUACAGCUUCGAGAAGUUGAACUCAGCGAGAAGCUAGCAGGAGCGAUCGCCGAUCAAGAAAGCUUAGAAGAUCAACUAGACGAACUGAUUGCCGCGAAGAAGAAGAUAGAGCAUGAAUUGGACCUGCGUCGAGACCAGCUUGAGCAGGCAGCGCAAAUAAUGGAGAGGCUCGAGGGUGAAAAGAAGGAAAUGCAGGAACGUAUUUCAGACCUGGAAAAGCAGCUAAAAUCUGUCGAGAAUGCGCAUAACCAAUACGAUGAUAAAAUUGAGGCUUUGAACCGGGAGAUCAACGCACUCAACAGCCACUUAAGCUUAAAAGAUAAAAAACUUCAAGAUUUGGAGGCUAAGCUUCUGACAUCCGACCAGCAACUUGACCUUGAAUUAGCCAGCACCACCAAGGAGCUGGAUGCGUCGAAAAAGCAGAUUAACCAACUGCUAGAAGAGAACCGGGAAAUCCAAAGACAGAUUGCUGACCUGUCGUCAACCUCAACAGGAUACGAGGAAUUGGUCCGGCGCAAAGAAGGCGAAGUUGCCGUUCUCAAAGCUGACUUAAAGAAACAUGAAUUCGAAAAACGGAGCCUUGAAACAGAAAAGAGAGGGUUAUCGGAUCGCCAUGAUGAUAUGCAGCGAAGGAUUCGUGACCUGCAGGCCGAGAUAGACACCACAAAACUCGAGAAGGCAAACUUUGAGCGUGAAGCUGUAGAUGCUAGGAAGCUCCUUGAAGAGAAAUUAUCCGAAGAUGCGGAAUCGGCCCAAGGCAGGAAAAUGCUAGAUAAGCAGGUCCAGGAUCUCAAGGCUCAGCUCUACCAGACACAAGCGGAACUCAGUCGAGUACAACAGUCAAGGGAUGACGUACAAAUGCUUUCAGAACACAAAUUUGCACAGCUAAGGGAAGAGUUCGAAACCCUCAAUGAAGCCAAAAUCACCAUUGAGAAGGAGAUGUAUAUCCAACAGGAUACACUUCGCCGGGCGAAAGAAGCUCGAACAGCCGCAGAGGAAUCUCGGAAGCAGCUUCAGGGGGAAGUUAUCAAGCUGCGAGAGCGAAUAACAAAAAUAGAGGAAGCCCGCCUGAAUGCUGAGACUUCUUAUGCAAAUAAGAUGACUGCGCAAACAACGGAAAGGAUAGCCAAACUCCAGGCCGAGCUUGAUGAAAAGACUAAGGCUCUCAACAACGCUGAAGCAGGGCAUGCUCGCCUGAGCUCUCAAGUUCAGAAUCUGAGCAAUCUGAUUGCAGAGUCUGAAAAUUUCCGUACCCAGCAUGACCAACAUAAGGAACGACUGGAGAGGGAGCUUGUUACUGUCAAGGGCAGGCUCGCCGCAUCUGAAAAUGAUAAUCGAGCUCUCUUGAACAAAGUCCAACAAAAGAAUUUAGACAUUGCACGCUCCAACUCAAGGGCGGGUGAUACCCAAAGGGCUAGAUUGGCACAGCUUCAGACAGAAAAAUCUCGGUUGGAAGAGGCAAACAAGCAGCUUACACGCCAACUCGGAGAUGCUCAACUAUCAAUAACCUCGCUUGAGAAACAGAAGGAGAAGCUCGCUUUGAGCGCUGAGGAUCUGAAUCACGAAGUGGCACGCGAGCAUAAAACUAGUCGAAACGCAGAGAAGACUGCUGCCACCGCCCAGUUACAGUUAGCUGAAGCAAACAGAAAUCUUGAAACAGAACGACAGCUUAAAACCCAGGCACAAGCCAACACCAGGAAGCUUCAAGCGUCAAUGGAUAGAAUGAACUCAGAGCUCGAAGAUUGCCAUCAGCAGUUAAUUCUUCUACACAGAGUUUUUGAUCCUGAUUCAUCCCCUGCCGAAAAGACUUGGGAGACAAUAAAGCCUGAUUUGUCCAAGAAGGUUGAUAUGGCAGCUAUGUUAGAGACCGCUCAUAAUGAGCUUCGGAUUAGUGAAGAGAAGCGUUCCCGGGCAGAGAACCAACUUAAUGAAAUGCGUCGCCGGCAUGCUGAUGAAAUGAAUGAGCUUGACGCUCGCUACUCUUCGUCGAAGCGUGCUCUAUUAGAAGAGAUCGAUCAAAACCAAGUGGCCAACACCAGGUCUCCUUCACAUUUCAGAAAAAACUCCGAGCCUAAUAAGCGAUAUUCUAACCCCUCAACGCCCAACCGCCGAUAUAACAACCUUAUAGAUGGGGCUGGUGAUUCUGCGCGGUCAGACCGAACCGUCGAUACUGUUGCAUUCCAGAAGAGGAUGGAUCAUGCCGCAGAAAUUGAAAGCCUUCAAAAUCAGCUGCAGCUUUCAGAAAUGCAUAAUCGUCACCUCCAGAGCCAGAUCGACAGGUCUGCUCCUGUUCGGGAUAUGUGGCAGGAUGAAAGCCCUUCUAUCCGCCGCAUGCAGAUACUAGAACGUGAAAAUGGUCGCCUCCACGAGAAGCUCGACGAUUCCGCUAAAAAGGUUUCUGCUUUGGAGAAGAGCAUUCAGUCCGGAGAGUUAAGCCUUCGUGACGUCCAGGCUAAGUCUCAUGAAGAAUUAUAUGACCUCCUCAAUUCUCAAGAACAGUCUCGAAGGUCUCUCCUCCAAGUUCACAAGUCUGCACUAGCAGACCUCACACAUGCCAAAGGGGAGUUUGAGAAACUCAGGCACGCAAGGGCUGCCAUGGAAGUUGAGUUGCGCGAUACAAGAUCAGAACUUCAAGAGCUCCAACUCGCACGAGACCAUGACGCUGCAAGCCGAAGCCAAUUACUCCAGGAGUUCUCCGAUCUCCAAAUUAGAUUGGACGCUGAGACAUCUAAGGCUAUCGAUGCCAACUCCAGUUUGAGUCUCUAUAAGAGUCGUGCCAAUGAGUAUUUCAGCAAGCUAGAGCAAGCUGAAAUUGCUGUUUUGAAGGCUACCCGCGCUGAACAAUUUGCCAAAGCACAAGCCAAGGAAGCGGAAGACACCUGCGCUAAUAUUAUGUCUGAAAGAAAGGAAACUGAUAACCUCAUUGAAGAUUUGCAGCGGCAGGUGCAGUCCCACGAAGAAAAGGUCGAAGACCUUUCUGCAGACCUUGAUGCGGCAUUGCAGGCGAAGAGGCGCCUUCAAAAUGAGCUUGAAGACUACCGUAGCCAGCGAGCUAUGGAUAUCGAAGACAAAGAAGCUUCGAUGGAGCAAACAAGGAAGAAAUACCAAAUGGAAUUCUCGGCGCUUACGAGCGAGCUGGAGGUGGAGCGUGAAAAUGUUCUCCAUAUCCGAGGCGAGAACACUCGCCUUAAGGAAGAGCUUGAAGAGCUACGAUCCAAGUGGGAUGAUGAAGUCUUAAAUAGCUCAACUUGGUCCAAGGAGAAGUCUAGAAUAGAAAUGACUUUGCAAGACAUCACAACUUCCCGAGAUGAUGCCGUCAAGGCCCAUAACGAAGCUCAAGGCAAGGUUGUUACGUUGUUGAACCAAGUCCGUACGCUUCGCACUUCUGUCGAUGACCUCUCAGCCGAACGUGACAUGCUUCUCAAGGAGAAACGUGGCCUCGAAUCCAGGCUUGCCGAAGCAGGAGACCGCUUAGAGGACCUUGCCAAGGGUGAAAGCCCGAUGCGGAAUGCCGCUGGUAUGGAUCGUGAGAUUCUGGAUUUGAAAUCACAGCUCGCGCAACAACAGGACCUUGCCUCAGUUGCCGUUGGUAAAAUGAGAAGAGCAGAGGCUCUUGCGACUGAAGUCCAGAAGGAAAUUGUAGCCCAACGAGAGUCGACAGCACAGCUGUUCAAAGAUAAGGUUGCACUUGAAAAGCAGUUCAAGGAGGUCCAGUUACGAUGUGUUGACCUUGAAACUAAGGGGUACUCAUCUUCAAGUCAAGAUGUCAGGUUCCUCAAUAAGCGAAUCCAGGAGCUCGAAGCUCAGCUAGAGGAGCAGGAGUCGAAACGAAAUGCUGAGCAGAGAUCUGUCCGCAAUGUCGACAGAACAGUAAAGGACCUUCAAACGCAGAUUGAACGGCGAGAAAAAAUGAACAAUCAGCUCACUGAAGAUAUCGGAAAGUCGCGUGAUAAGAUUGAACGACUUCUCCAAACUAUUGAAGAGCUUCAGACCAGCGACUCUGAGAAUCAACUUCAGGCUCGUCGUGCGGAACGUGAACUCCGUGAAGAGCGUGAGAAGUCUCUCCGUCUUGAACGAGAGCUGGAAGGCUGGAAGGCACUCCGCCUGGAAAGAGGCAGUAUAGCAGGGAAAGGCCCUGCAUACGGAGGAGCGAGUGAGAUGGGCGACAGAUAUAGCCGUCGAGGAAGUGGAGUGAUAACCGGUGUAAUUCUACGAUUCAAUGCUCGAAAUAGUGAAAAGGCGCAGUCUAUGCUGUUUCGGUUUCGUGCUGCUCAAGCUGCGGACCUUGGAAUCCUAGAUAUCGGACGGACACGCCGCCCAAAAGCCAUCACCUCAAUCGACUCCAUUCCUAUCUGCGAAAAAUGGCGAGGCCAAGUUCUCAAGGAAAUAUCCCGAAAAGUCACUCGCAUACAAGACCUAAGUCUAAGUGAUUUCCAAAUCAGAGACCUAAACGAUGAAAUCAACAAAUUGAUGCGAGAAAAAUGGAUGUGGGAUGUUCAAAUACGGAAUCUGGGAGGGCCAAACUACACGCGCGGCGGCGGGAGGGUAUACGAUGAAGACGGGAAGGAGAUUCCGGGCGGUGGUAAAGGGUAUAAAUAUUUUGGUCGUGCAAGGGAGUUACCCGGUGUCAAGGAGAUGUUUGAAGCGGCUACGAAAAAGAGGAGUUCGUCUGAGUUAGACGAUGCGGGAGGACGCAAAGUGGAUAUGGAGAUGUUCAAAAAACACGUUGACGCAGCGUACUUUGGGUAUGGGCUAGACGAGGAAGACGGCACGUUACUAGAAUAUGAAAAGAAGAAGGAAAAAGAGGCCUUUGAGGCUGUAUUGAAGAAAGGUGAUAGUAAACCCAACGAUGGGUGGGAACCGCUCCCAGGUGACGCCGGAGAUGCUGUUGAAUGGCAGUUGCCUACACUAGAUGAUGUUCAGGAAGAGCUAGUGGAAAGGCGGAGGAGGAAACUACUGGACAAGAUUGGUUGA